UUUCCGUUCAACUAAAGCUCUUCCAUCUGAUCUCUGAAAAUGGAGUGGCGGCGAGAGAAAGCGAGAUGUGGAGGGGAGAUAUACCUGUUGGCUUUGUUGUUUGUAAGCUCGAUUGGGCGAAUUUCGGGUCUAUCGGUGACGGUGACCGACACAGAGUGCGUCCAGGAGUACGUUCUAUAUGAAGGCGACAGCGUCUCCGGGAACUUCGUCGUGGUCGACCAUGACAUCUUCUGGAGCAGCGAUCAUCCCGGAAUCGAUUCACCUGAAACAAAUUGAAGCCAUGAAUUAAAC